UAGUUUUACCUUGUCAAAAACACUCUUUGCAUUCAUAGUGGAAAGAUCAAAGUUCGAAUACACUGGUCAAAACAAAAGCACACAAUUUUGCAUUCCAAAAAGCAGAAACAGUUCAUCGUUCACCAGAAACCAACAACCAUAUUAUUAUAACCUCGCGAAAACCACAAACCAACCAACCAACCAAACCAACCAUGUCGCCCAAGCAAUCCAAAAAGACCCAGGACCUUCAAUUCCUCCCUGAAGACUUUGCCCCCUCUCGUUUCGAAGUGGUGGUAGGCCGUGGGAAAAAGUGCACGGACCACCUUGGCAACCAGCGCUUGAGGAGUAUCGUCCGCACAAGGAUCCAAGAGUAUGCCACGGCGAACGACAAGACCCACAAGACGUACAUUAUCUCCCAGAUCUUUCACGAGAUUCGUAACCGAAGUGCUUGCGGAGGUUUUGUCAAGAAGGAUGCCGACACGGGCCGUUGGUACCGUGUGGCGGAUCCCACCGCCCGUACCAACAUUGCCCAGUCCUUUCGCGAUGAACUUCACGAUACCUACCGCUCCAGCAAGUUUGCCAAGCAACGUCGUCGUUGGGGAGGUCACAUGUCUGAAGAUAAUAACAAUUCUACUGACAAAACAAAGCUGCCUGCCGCGGAAGCUGUUACGUCUGUCAAGAGCAUGGUGUAUCCCACUCUGAUGAUGAACCAACACAAGGAGCAGGAAGAGCGUCUUGCAUGUCCUUCCAGUGUCACCGGCUACAUUCGCCGCAACAGCAACGCUCAAGGAUCCUCGUCCAUCUCGGACAUUCUCAGUUCGGCCCUCGAUGUCGUUUGCGCCGACGAUUUGCUCGCACCCAUGCCCCUCCUCUCAUCUGCCAACAAUGACGUGGAUACGUUUGAUGCGCUCCUGUCGCUCACUAACAGUCAAGCCACUGGCAAUCCCUUUGAACCCACGCCCAUUGUCACUGGGUCCUUUGGCGGCUUUUACUAACUAAGAAACCGAGGAGCAGAGCAAGCAAUGGCAAUCAAGACAGGGCAUACUACAUAUAUAUACAUACUAAUAAAAACACUCUUCUAGAUUUU